AUGGGCGCCGCUGCCGCCACCACCACUCUUGUGGACGCGGCGGUCCCUCCCGCACAGCUGGACCUCCUCUCCAUCCGCGGGGUGCUGUUCGAUGUCGACGGUACACUGGUCGAAUCCGACCCACUGCAUUUUCGCGCGUUCCAGGAGAUUCUGCUGGAGUUAGGUUUUAACGACGGACAGCCCAUUGACGAGGCUUUCUUCCGGCGCCGCAUCAGCGGUCGCCACAACCCGGCCAUUGCAGCUGAUCUGUUUCCGGAUUGGGAGGAGGCUCGACGAGUGGCCUUUUACACGGAGAAAGAGGAGCGUUACCGGCGGUUGGCUGCCGCGGGGCUUGAACCCCUGGAGGGCCUCCGUGAGUUCUUAGAAUGGGUACGGCAGCGAGGACUGCGAACCGCGGCCGUCACCAAUGCACCUCGGGUCAAUGCCGAGAUGAUGUUGGCGGCGCUCGGUAUCGAAGCCAUGUUCGAGCACCUGGUGCUGGGCGAGGAGUGUACCCGGGCAAAGCCGUACCCUGACCCGUACCUUGUCGCCAUGGACUUGCUGGGCCUUACACCGGGUGAGGUGGUGGUGUUCGAGGACUCCCCCUCAGGUGUGACUGCGGGAGCGGCCGCGGGGGCUCCCGUAGUGGGGCUGAUGACGGGGCAGGAGCCGGAGGAGCUCAGGAAGGCUGGUGAGGAGGAGGGGGUUGGGGAAAGACGAACCACACACGAUUGA